AUGGAGGACGUCGGCGACACAACACCGUCUCCCUUUACCUUCAAAGUACAGACGAGGAUCGGGACUUCUCUCGCAUCUAGAAUCAGUUCAGGAAGUGUAGUGAACAACAACUCUCCUGUUUUUCGCAACACCUACUUCUACCUCCGCCUUGCCUCUCCGCCAACGACACCCACCUCCAUCGUCGGCCUCCGCCAGCUUCAUCCUUCUGUGAAGGUAGUCAUCUUGAACAAAAGGCCGCAGUCACGGUCGGGAAACGGUGUUACAUAUACUUGUGAAGUAUGCCAGCGUGAUCUUCUCGAUUUCUUCCGUUUUUGCUCAUUUGGGUGUAAGUUACUAUCAUACGUGGAGGUUUUAGGUCAGAUGGCUGCUGAAUUACAAUCGAAGAAGACAAAAAUCAACCAAUUAACGAGAGAUAUGCUUACUAUGGAACAAAGAUUAUGCUUUGUAUUUUUGAGUUACGGUGUAUGUAUUGAAAAAAAAGGUCACUGUAGAAAAGUAAUGAAAAUUAAUGUGGUUGAUUGCCAUCAUGUUUUGACGAGUGUUUUCAUACAAGGGCAUUUGGGAAAAAAGGGGAGGAGCAGGUUACUCGGGACAAUGACGAGUGUUAUUAAAGACAUUAUCUUUUUAGAGGUUGCUGAGGGAGCAAGACUAUGUGGAGCUAAGAGGAUCAUUGGUGUUGAUUUGAACCAACACAAGUUUGAAAUAGAAAAGAAAUUUGGAGUCACUGAUUCUGUGAACCCGUGAAACAUGAGGUUUAAAGCUAUCAGCCGGGUAAUUUUAUACAUUAUGUUUCAUAUGUUUCUUGAAGCAGGUGAUAAUUGAGAUGACUGGCGGAUGUGCAGAAUAUUGCUUUGAAUGUGUUUGUUUGACUUCUAUUGU